AAAGUGCUAUAAUACAGGGCUGCUGAUGGAAGGGACAUACGGCCUCGGAAUAUCCGAUUAUCGUUUUCCUUCAUCUAAUACAAAUGAGGGCGAGGUUUUUGCAGACGUCGUCUUCUCCCCCACGCGGCGAUGGCUCUCAGUCAUUUUGCCCUUGCGUUGGCUGUGGCGAACUUCAUAGGGAGUACGCUAUCCGCUCUCGGGUCGGGGUUUAUCAUCCUUUGCUACGUCUGCCUUCCUGUAAAGAGACAUUAUAGGCAUCUUCUCAUCCUCAACCUGGCCGUUGCAGACUUUACAAAUGGCCUCAAUAAUGGAAUUUCAGGCGCCUUUGUGCUAGCCAAAGGCCAACUACGCUACAAUACGGCCUGCGUCGCCAACGGUUUCAUCGGACAACUAUCUGUUCAGGCUACGGACACGUCCAUAUUUGCAAUCGCAGUAGUGACUGUAAUCAUUGUGACGGGAACCCAAGACGGGUGGUUGAGCGAACGCACAUGGUGGAAGGUCGCUCUUGUUUGCGCUAGCACUUGGGUGCUGCCGAUAAUCACGAGUUUUGUCGCCCUCGGAAAGGGUUAUUAUAGUGCGGUUUCUGGCAAUUGGUGCUGGAUACAUACCGAGCCAGCGUAUCUACGUUAUGUGUUGACCCACGCCUGGCGAUUUCUCUUCAUUUUUUCCGAAAUCGGGCUUUAUGCAUAUUUAUACAUCCAUCUCAAAAAACGCUUCCGAACAAUGAACUUCCUGAUCGCUAACCAGAUUAAUACUUCAACGGGGUCUUCGAAUCCGUCGCACUUGUCCUUCCUCUCCGCGGAUCCUCAACGAGGUCCAGACCUCAAGACUCAUGUGUCCCAGGUCCAGUUCAACGAGGAGACUUCUGGGGAGAAGUUUCGAUCUGUGGAGCAGCCGGAUAUCAGGGACGAGGAGGCGCCGCCCCCAACGCAGCAUUACUAUCCACCGAGACCAUCCAGUGCUCACGUGCAUCACUCAUCAAUACCUGUGAUGGACGAGAAGAGGCAGAGGCAGGUGGCGAAGAUACUACUGCUCAACGCGUAUCCUAUAGCGUAUAUCGUGCUGUGGAUACCGGGGUUGUGUAAUAGGCUGGUGGAGGCGUCAGGACAUACGUCAAGGGUGCUGCAGCUUAUGCAGGCUACGACGCAAUUCGUCGGAUUCGCUAACGCGUUGACUUAUGGAUGGAACGAGAACGUGGCUAAAAGUAUGAGGGAGGCGACUAAACGAUGACAGCAUGCGCUUUUGGCGUUAUAAAUGUUGUAUCAUUAUUCACGAUAUGUGUAAUUGUAGUAGGGAACUUCAGUUGAUGACUUUAAUUCUGCAC